AUGGUCAAGGGAUCGAGGAGUCUAGUUCCUGAGCCUGUGGGACGGAAAAACCUUGAAAUAGGAUGGUGGGUUGUGAAAGCUUCAUGGUAUGGUGAAGGUUCACGUGGAAACCUUGUGAUAAUGCAUGUAGUUGACGAGUCUAGGUUACGGCGUUGGUCAAGGUCUGUCACAAGUCUAGAAAUAGUAUUAAAUGAGAUUGGUUGUCGGGAUAAUGUCUUUCAUGAAGUAAAUCCAACAAUGAACAAAAGGAUAAAUGGUUUGAGGAUGGUGGGAAAAGGCUAUUCAACUCUUCAUAAUCGUUCGUUCAUAAUGCUUUCUGUUUUCUUUGUUGUGAGCCACAACUUGUUUGAAAUAGGGGAGCCCCGAUUGACAUUGGAUUAUUAUGCCAAAACUUGUCCCAAUGUGUUGCAGGUUGUAAGGAAAGAAAUGGAGUAUGCUGUGCUUUCUGAACCAUGCAAUGCAGCUUUUGUUGUCCGAUUGCACUUUCACGACUGCUUUAUUCAGGGGUGCGACGAGUCGGUUCUGCUAGAUGACAACAUAACAUUACAGGGAGAGAAAAAGGCUUCCAUCAACAUACAUUCCUUCAAAGGCUUUAAAAUCAUUGAUAGGAUUAAGAACAACCUUGAAUCAGAAUGUCCUGGAAUUGUUUCUUAUGCAGAUAUAGUCACUAUUGCAGCCAGGGAUACAGUGAUUCUGGUGGGUAGCCCUUACUGGGAUGUUCCUCUUGGAAGAAAGGAUUCCACAAUUGAAAUUUAUGAACUUGCAAACUCAAAUCUUCCCUCUGUCAAUGAGGGACUUCUCAUUGGCACAGAAAUCUAG